AGCUCCAGUAUUGGUUAUUCGAGGCCUGAGCUUACACACAACAGCUUAUUGGACAACCAUGUGAACAGCAAUGUGAUUAUAAACAUCGACAACUGCGCGCUCUAUAGCACCAAUCGCCCAGCUGAUCGGCCGUCGCUAACUUACGGGGCGCACGAUCACGAUCGGCAGCGAAGACGACGCCAGCGGUUUUUAGUUAUUUUUCGGUUUUUCUGCGCGACGGUCGCUUUCGGCUUGGCUUUCGCCUGCGUCAUCUACACGCUCCACACAAUGGGAUGGAUUUUUGCUGUGCUCGUGGCGCUGGUCGCCCUGCUCCUCAACAAACCGGGCUGGCGCUGGUUCUACAUAGCGGGCGCCACCGCUAGUCGCGAUCUGACAGCUCUCUGGGCCUAUAUCAAGCUCCUGCGGUACACGAAGCGCCAUGAGCGUCUCAACUACACCGUGGCGGAUGUGUUCGAGCGGAAUGUUCGCAUCCACCCGGAAAAAGUGGCCGUAGUUAGCGAGACACAGCGCUGGACCUUCCGUCAGGUGAACGAGCACGCCAACAAGGUGGCCAACGUGCUGCAGGCCCAGGGAUACCGGAAGGGCGAUGUGGUGGCUCUGCUGCUGGAGAACCGCGCCGAGUAUGUGGCCACCUGGCUGGGUCUCUCCAAGAUCGGCGUGAUCACCCCGCUGAUCAACACGAACCUGCGCGGUCCCUCCCUGCUGCACAGCAUCACGGUGGCCCACUGCACGGCCCUGAUCUACGGCGAGGACUUCCUGGAAGCAGUCUCCGACGUGGCCAAGGAUCUGCCCGCCGAGCUCACCCUCUUCCAGUUCAACAACGAGAACAACAACAGCCAGACGGACAAGAGCAUCCCGCAGGCCAAGAACCUGAACGCCCUGCUGACCACCGCCAGCAAUGAGAAGCCGAACAAGACGCAGGUCAACCACCACGACAAGCUCGUCUACAUCUACACCUCCGGCACCACGGGACUGCCCAAGGCGGCCGUCAUCUCUCACUCCCGGUAUCUGUUUAUCGCUGCUGGCAUCCACUACACCAUGGGCUUCCAGGAGGAGGACGUGUUCUACACCCCGCUGCCGUUGUACCACACCGCUGGAGGCAUCAUGUGCAUGGGUCAGUCGGUGCUCUUUGGCUCUACGGUUUCCAUUCGCAAGAAGUUCUCCGCCUCCAACUAUUUCGCCGACUGCACCAAGUACAAUGCCACUGUCGGUCAGUAUAUCGGUGAGAUGGCACGCUACAUUCUGGCUACGAAACCAUCGGAAUACGACCAGAAGCACCGAGUGCGUCUUGUCUUCGGUAACGGACUGCGUCCGCAGAUUUGGCCACAGUUCGUGGAGCGCUUUAACAUCGCCAAGGUGGGCGAAUUCUACGGCGCCACCGAGGGCAAUGCGAACAUCAUGAACCACGACAACACGGUGGGUGCCAUCGGCUUCGUGUCGCGCAUCCUGCCAAAGGUCUACCCGAUCUCGAUCAUUCGCGCCGACCAGGACACCGGAGAGCCCAUCAGGGACAAGAACGGCCUGUGCCAGCUGUGCGCUCCCAACGAGCCGGGCGUAUUUAUCGGCAAGAUCGUCAAGGGAAAUCCCUCUCGCGAGUUCCUCGGCUACGUCGACGAAAAGGCCUCGGCCAAGAAGAUCGUAAAGGAUGUAUUCAAGCACGGCGAUAUGGCCUUCCUCUCCGGAGAUCUGCUGGUGGCCGACGAGAAGGGUUAUCUGUACUUCAAGGACCGCACCGGUGACACCUUCCGCUGGAAGGGUGAGAACGUAUCGACCAGCGAGGUGGAGGCGCAGGUUAGCAACGUGGCUGGGUACAAGGACACCGUGGUGUACGGCGUGACCAUUCCGCACACCGAGGGCAGGGCCGGCAUGGCCGCCAUCUACGAUCCUGAGCGGGAGCUGGACCUCGAUACCUUUGCCAGCAGUUUGGCCAAGGUGCUGCCUGCCUACGCACGUCCCCAGAUCAUUCGGCUGCUCACCAAGGUGGACCUCACUGGCACCUUCAAGCUGCGAAAGGUGGACCUGCAGAAGGAGGGCUACGACCCGACCUUGAUCAAGGAUGCCCUGUACUACCAGACUUCCAAGGGGCGGUACGAGCUGCUCACGCCCCAGGUCUACGACCAGGUGCAGCGCAACGAGAUCCGCUUCUAGGAGCUGCAAUCGGGAUGUAUUUAAGCCUUGCCUUUUGCCCAAUAUGCUGUUAAUUAGUUUGUAAGACAACCACGAGUCGACUUAGUCUAGGAGAGGAAUGGCGGUGAAAUUCGGUACCACACAUUUCCAUUUCAUCAUUGCACUUUUGUAUACGCUAAGCAUAUAUAUAGCGUAAACGCAGUUGCAUCUGCAUUGUAGUGUAGCAAUUGUCUACUAGAUAUCAGCCUCUUAUACGCAUUUAAAUUGUUUUUAGCCUGCUAAAGAACCUUGUUAAGUGCAAUUUCAGCUAUUGUUUAGUCAGUUUUAGUGGCAUUUACACUUCCAUUCUCGCUGCGUUUGCCUGUACAUACGCGAAGCUCUGAUGUUUUUGUAUCAAAUAAAGUUCGUUUCUUCGCCA